UUAAAUUUAAAAUAAGUAUACGCUUUCAAUGAAUAAUGACUAAAAUAAUUUUUAUUUUAAUUCUCUGCAUAGCCCAUAAUUUUGUUAAUGGAAAAUUAACAGAUGUGGUACAAACUGACAAAGGACAAGUGCAAGGAAAAAUAAUUAAAACUAUUCAUAAUGAAUCAUUUGAAUAUGCUGUUUUUCGAGGUAUACCAUAUGCAAAACCUCCUCUCGAUCAACUUAGAUUUCAGCCACCGGUGGAAGCUGAUGCUUGGACAAAAAUACUAAAUGCCACGUUGGAGGCAUCAUCGUGUCCACAAAUCAGCGAGCAAACUGGUCAAUAUAGUGGAGAUGAAGAUUGUCUAUAUUUAAAUGUUUAUACACCGAAGAUAUCAUUUAAUGAGACUGUUAAUGAUGAAUUACUGGCAGUUAUGGUAUGGAUUUAUGGAGGAGGUUUUCUUGCAGGUGAAAUCAAAGAAAACUUUUAUGGACCUGAUUUUCUAGUUGCUGAUAAUGUUGUAGUCGUUGCAAUGAACUAUCGACUUGGAGCAUUAGGAUUUUUAUCUUUGGAUAUUCCCGAGGCUACGGGAAAUAUGGGCCUAAAAGAUCAACUACUUGCACUUAAAUGGGUUAAAAAAAAUAUUCAAAAAUUUGGUGGUGAUCCGAAAAAAGUGACAAUUUUUGGAGAAAGUGCUGGAUCAGAUUCUGUCAUGCUUCAUCAACUUUCUCCAGCAUCUAGAGGACUAUUCAGAGGUGCAAUAGGUAUGAGUGGAAGCCCAUUAAAUCCUUGGGGAUUCGCACCACUGUCUUUAGCAGUUACACUGGCAUUUGACUUUGCUAAAUAUUUAGGAAUUAAUUCUUCCAAUAAAACACAGGUUUUUAAUGAAAUUAAUGCAUUAUCAGCUGAAAUUUUAGCUGUCACUGCUACAGAUAUGUAUUUCCACAGCAAUAUCAAAGGAUAUAAAAAUAGAGCUUCAUUUGUACCAUUUGUACCAACAUGUGAAAACCCAAAAAUAGCUAAAGAUAUAUUUAUUACUGAGUCUCCAUUGAGAACUUAUGAAUCUGGAAAGUUUUCAAUAAUACCUGUCAUACUUGGAUUUACAAAUGAAGAAAUGCUUAGCUUCUUUCCAGAUUAUGAAAAUUUAUUACGUUGGUGUAUAAUGAGCGAAAUGUAUUAUAAAUUACUUCAAGUUGAUAUUCCAUCCAUAUCAACUGCUUUAAAUAAUGUCAUCGAAAGCAAAAUAAAAGAUAUAUAUCUAUUAGAUGAAAGUAUUGUAUUUUCAGCAAUCAAUAUAACUUCUAAUUUGAAUUUCGUUGCUGGUAUUGAUUCAACACAACAAUAUCUUACUAAGCAUUCUUCUACUGUUUUCUACUACAAAAAUUCAUUUGACUAUGAAGAAUCAAUGCACAUAAUAAAAGGCAUUAACUUUACUGGCACAGGCCAUGCGGAUGACCUUGGUCAUUUUUUUUGGCAACCAGUGAUGAAUCAAAAUUCAGAUCCCAACAGUCGUAUUGGUAUCCACAGAACACAAAUUAUCAGACUCUGGACAAACUUUGUAAAAUAUUUAAAUCCGACACCAAGUGAUACAAAAGAUCCACUAAUAAAUUUCACUUGGAUACCAUCUGGUACAGAAGGAUUACACCUUGAAAUUGGCAAUGAACAAUUUGUCAUGAAAACACGACCAACUGAUGAAACAACAAAAGCAAUUCAAGCUAGUGCCAAUGCAUUUGAUCAUGCUGAUUUGAAGCUUGAACAGUCUCAAUCAACUAAAAUAAAAAUGUUUAAAUAUAUAUUUAUAAUUUUUUUAUAUUACGAAUACGUCCAAGGAGAAUUAACAGAAUGUAUAAUGACUGAUAAAGGACCAGUUCAAGGUGAAAUUUUAACGACAGUCCACGAUACAUCAAUUAAAUAUACGUCAUUUCGUGCUAUACCAUAUGCGAAACCUCCUCUUGGUCAACUUAGAUUUCAGCCUCCGGUGGAUGUUGAUGCAUGGUCCACAACACUUAUUGCCAGAUCAGAGGCUACAGCAUGUUCUCAAGUAACUAAAAACAAGUAUAUUGGCAACGAGGACUGUCUCUAUCUAAAUAUUUAUACACCAUGGACGUCAUUCAAUGAAAGUAAAAAUGAAUUACUUGCUGUGAUGGUGUGGAUUCAUGGAGGUGAAUUUAUAGCUGGUGAAAUUGAUAGCAAGCUUUAUGGACCUGAUUUUUUAAUUGCUGAUAAUGUUGUGCUUGUUGAUAUGAAUUACCGACUUGGAGCGUUGGGGUUUUUAUCGUUGGAUAUUCCUGAGGCUACAGGAAAUAUGGGCUUAAAGGAUCAAGUGCUUGCAUUAAAAUGGAUACAAAAAAAUAUUAAAAAAUUUGGUGGUGAUCCAACCAAAGUAACGUUAUUUGGACAAAGUGCUGGAUCAGUUUCAGCAUUGUUACAUCAACUAUCACCAGCAUCUAAAGGACUAUUUAGAGCUAUUAUAGGCAUGAGUGGUAGUCCACUUAAUCCAUGGGGUUUUAGUUCAAUCACAUCAGCAGUUGCACAAGCAUUGGAUGUUGGCAAAGAACUUGGAAUUACAACAACAACAAAAAAAUUACUUUAUGAAACACUACAAAAUGCAACAGCCGAGCAACUUGUUUUUGCAACAUUUAAUAAAACCGGAGUGAAUUUAGGGUUGCCGACAUUUAAACCAACUUAUGAAAAUCCAAGUAUCGCCAAAGAUAUUUUUUUAUCUGAAUGUCCAAUUAGACAUUAUGAAUCAGGAAAUUAUUCAGCUGUACCAAUAAUACUUGGUUUUACAAAUGCUGAAAUACUUUUAUUUAUUAUCGGUAUUAAAAAUAUGGCAAAUACAUUUGAAGCUAGCAAAAUGCAUCUUCAAUCAAUUGGCUUGAAUGAUUAUUCAUUUAUUAAUCAUUUAGAUAUUGGACUAGUUAAAGAUAACUAUCUUCUUUACAGAGCUAUAAAUGAAACCACUGAUUUAUUUUUUGUCACUGGAAUUGACUCAACACAAAAAUAUCUUGCUAAAAGUUCAACUCCGGUAUAUUAUUAUAGAAAUUCUUUUGAUUAUAAUGAAUCACUUCAUCGACUUGAUGGUCUCAAUCUCGAUGGCUGUGCCCAUGCAGAUGACCUCCCACAUAUUUUUUAUUUUUCAAAUAGAAGUCAAUCAUUAGAUCCUAACAGUCGUAUUGGAAUUCAUCGUUCGAGAAUGAUUAGAUUAUGGACAAACUUUGCAAAAUAUCUAGAUCCUACACCAAAUGGUACAGACGAUUCCUCGUUAAAUAUGACAUGGAGUCCAUCAAAUAAUAAAGGAACACAUUUAGAAAUUGGAAAUGAUAAAUCGCUAUCUAUGAAACCACGACCAACUGAUAUUUUUGUUAAAUUAUUGCAAAAGUUAUUGCGCCCUUUUAAAUAUGGGACUUGUCCAAGGCGUUGAUUCUGAAUAAAUUUUUACAAUUGCUCUAUAAUUUAGUAUUUAAUAAAUGACAUCAUCAAGCUUUGUAAUAUUAAUCAGAAACUAAAUUUCACGGAUAAAAUUAAUCGAAAAAAAAAAAUAAAAAAAAAACCCCUGUUUUUUUCUAUUAAAAAUACCAAAUCAAAAAAAGCACCAGGCUUAAAUCCUGUUAAGGAUAUUUAUAG